CAGUGUGGCAGUAUUUAUGUCUCUGUAGAUCGUCCCCUUCGUUCGUGUGGUCUUUCGAAGCAUAUUCUAUAGCCACUCAAAGGGUCUAGACAAAUAUGCCUACCCCACAUCCCCUCGUCGGCCUGAUCGCUGGCUCGUCACUUGUAACCAUCGCUAUGGCGCAAACUUUCUCACAAUCCAAGACCUUCACAUUCACAGGCAGCGCCCUCCCGCCCGAGUUGACGCCUUCGACAUGGCCAGUGUACGAAGAGUCCAAUCCGAACGCAAAGUACGAUCGCAUAUUCGAGGAAAAGAAUGUUAUCGUUCGAGACGGCUUUCUCGAACUUCGCGUUCCAGGAGGACAGAAACCGACAGAUGGAGGGAGAGGACCGAUUAGUUGUGCAGAAGUGGGGACAACGUUUGAAGUCAAAUAUGCUUCCGUGAAGACGUACGCGAUCUUGAGUGAGGAGCCGGGUGUGUGUAAUGGAAUGUUCAUGUACAAAGACUACAACCAAGAGACCGACAUCGAAUGGAUUAGUGACUCAGAAUCAUUCGCAAACCAGCAGUUCAGCUCCAAUGGGUCGAGGGUUCUCCUGUAUACGAAUCAAGGACCGAGUGGUAACACUGAUGCAUUGACCGUCUCUGGAAGAGCGCCGGCAGAUGCUACAUCGGCAGUGCACGAGUAUCGCUUGGAUUGGACAGAAGAUGCCGUGGAGUUCUAUUUGGAUGGCGUGAAACAGCAAACGCUUACGGACUAUGUGCCGACGGUCGGUGGCAGUUGGCUGUGGAAUUCCUGGGUGAACGGCGACCCUUACUUCACAGCUGGACCGCCCGUGAAUGACGCAGUUUUCAAGAUCCUGCGCAUAGAGAUGGACUAUAAUCCCGCCUAACUAGUGUCUCCUCGUGUUCGGGCGCAAAGAGCAGCAGCUGAUCAGGGGCAGGGCAAUGGAGUGGUGGCAGCCACAGCCGGGGUCGGCACAUCUUGAGUCAUUGCGCAUGCCGGGUAGUAUAGAGUUUGGAUAGAGAGAUUGGCUGAGAUAAGAUGCCGGCAUACAGCCGCAUUUCGGUGUUGGUUCCAAUGCCUGUCGACAGAUCCUGCGUGCUGGUGGAGGUCGAAUGGCGUGAAUGGCAGUGCGUGUUGGAGCGGUGGUGGUCCUGGCGGUGGGAGGAUGACGGUCGGCGUCGAGAUUCGUCAGGAUGUGGCAGUGGGAAGGAUUGCACGGGCUGAAGUUUGGGCAGUUGGGACGGCGGGAGAAGGCGCGCUAGAAGGGCGGGAGAACACGAGCGGUCCCCGAGCUACAGUAUGGCCCCGCCAUCAUCGUGAGUGCGUGCUGUGGUGUGCUGUGUGCUGUGCUGCGAGUCUGCCGUCAGAGCGCAAGCGCGAAUGAAGAAACGAACGCUGCUACACCCUGCGUUUGCUCUACUGCGUGCCCCUCCGCCCACCUUUUCUCACCGCGCACCGCGCACCGCCCACUGUCCGCACCGCCAGUCGCCGUUCAAUGGCG